AUGGACCUGUUCUUCACCGCCGUCUCGGCCGCGACGGUGUCCAGCAUGUCCACCGUCGAGAUGGAGGUGUUCUCCAACGGCCAGCUCGUCGUCCUGACCACGCUCAUGUUCGUCGGCGGCGAGGUGUUUUUGUCGCUCCUAGGCCUCGCGUCCAAGUGGUCCAAGCUGAGGAAGCAAACUGUUCACAAAUCAUCCCGGCGCGUCGACAACCACGACGUCCCUGAGCUUGAAAUGCCGCCGGUGGACGCCGCCACCGAACUGGACAACCCAACGUCGAUGACAUCGACCGUCGAUGAUGAGAUGAGCAAGCCGUUGGACCACUUCGAUGACACGAGGCUGCGGCGCGACGCGGUGCUGUCGCUCUUCUUCGUCGUCCUCGCGAUCCUCCUGGCGGUGCACGUCCUCGGUGCCGGCGCCAUCGUGGCGUACAUCGUGCACGCGUCGCCGGCGGCGAGGCGGACGCUGCGGGACAAGGCCCUUAACGUGUGGACCUUCGCCGUGUUCACGACGGUGUCCACGUUCUCGAGCUGCGGGUACAUGCCGACGAACGAGAACAUGAUCGUCUUCAAGCGAGACACCGGGCUGCAGCUGCUGCUCGUGACGCAGGCGCUGGUCGGGAACACGCUGUUCCCACCUCUGCUGGCCGCGUGCGUGCGCGUCGCCGCCGCGGCGACCCGGCGCGUGGAGCUCAAGGAGACGGCGAAGAAGGGCCGGGAGCUGACGGGGUACUACCACCUGCUCCCAGCGCGGCGGUGCGCGAUGCUGGCGGCGACGGUGGUGGGCUUCCUCGCCGUGCAGGUGGCGAUGCUGUGCGGCAUGGAGUGGGGCGGCGCGCUGCGGGGGAUGAGCCCGUGGGAGAAGGUGUCGAACGCGGUGUUCCUGGCGGUGAACUCCCGGCACACCGGCGAGUCGACCCUCGACCUCUGCACCCUCGCGCCGGCCAUCCUCGUGCUCUUCGUGCUCAUGAUGUACCUGCCUCCAUACACGACAUGGUUUCCAUUUGAAGAGAGCUCCGGCGUCAAGGACCAUCCCACGGAGGAGACCCAGGGGGCCAGGCUGCUCAAGAGCACGCUUCUGUCACAACUCUCCUAUCUCGUCAUCUUUGUCAUUGCCAUCUGCAUCACUGAGAGGGAAAAGCUCAAGGAGGACCCCCUCAACUUCAACUUGCUCAGCAUCGUUGUCGAAGUCGUCAGCGCUUAUGGGAAUGUGGGCUUCUCCAUGGGCUACAGCUGCAGUAGGCAGAUCAGUCCGGACGGGAUGUGCACUGACAGGUGGACCGGCUUUGCUGGGAGGUGGAGCGAUUCCGGCAAACUCAUCCUCAUUCUUGUCAUGCUCUUCGGGAGGCUGAAAAAGUUCAGCAUGUACACGGGCAAAGCCUGGAAGCUUAGUUAG